AUGGGUGUUUCUUGUGAGAUUAAUUUAAAGAAAAGUGGAUCUUACCAUGCUGGAGAAGAAGUAUCUGGUAUAAUAAGGUAUGCAUUAAACGAACCGAUGGAAACUGAGAGCAUUACAGUUUCCUUGAAAGGAGGAGGUCGUUUAAAGGUACAAAGACGACAUCGCAAACACACUAGGAGAUAUAGCAAUAGAGAAGUCUAUGUCGACAUUGAUAAAAUAAUGCAAGGACACUCGACUCUAGAAGCUGGACAACACGAAAUAGAAUUCAAAUUUAAACUACCAGAAAAAAUACCACCAACAUUCACUUAUAGAAAAUUCAACACAAGACACAGAAUUAUAUGCAACAUCAAGUAUUACAUUCGUAUGAAAAUCUACAGGCCAGGACUAUUACAUAUGACCAAACAUUUUCGUAAAGAACUCAAUGUUGUGUCUACUUUAACACCAACACUACCAAUGGAACCGUCAAUGUAUGGAGAACGCAGCAAAUUAUUUCAACUAUGUACAAGCAAAACAAAAACAGUAGUAAUUAAAGCUAAUAUUCCCAAUUCAGUAAUACCAAUAGGUGGCGAAAUUGAAAUUCAGAGCGAAAUAGAAAACGAUACGAAUAUUGUCAUCAAAAAUGUUGAAAUUAAAUUACUAGAGGUGUUCAAAAUUAAAGCCAAAGGACAUAGUGCUUUGAAGUUUUAUAAUGAAAUACAAAAUUGUGAAAGGCAGACAGGUGCUAUACAGAGCGGUUGUACGCAAGUUAUACCGUUUAGUAUCGUUGUGCCUUCAGAUAAAACUACCUUGCAACAUUCUGCGAUGCUAUCAAGGGACUAUACUGUUAAAAUGAUCGCGAAUCUGCCAUGUUUUCAUAGAAAUGUCGUGUUGGAGAUACCUGUGCAAAUUGGAGAUCUCUCGCAAAUAGGGGGACAAGAUGACGGUUUACCUUCGUACUGGGAGGCUAUGGGAUUGGCUGAGAAGGACAACUCAAGUGAUGAAGACGAGGAGUGA